CAGGCGUUAUGCCUGCGAGGACUUGGAAAAUCAAAACCUCUUUAGUUUAGAGUUUAGAUAAAAACUGCAGUGUAUGUAUUUUUAUUUGAGUGUUAAUUGUUGGAUAUAUUUGUUAUAUAUGUUUUUAUUUGGUUUUCGGAGGUUUGUGGAUGUUUUAAAUGUUGUUUUGUGUUGUGUGAUAUUAUUUCCUAAUCCCGGUGAACAUGGCCGGGUGUAAGACAGACUGCGUGGAGAAACCGAUAUCCAUCGGUUUCCAGAAGUUCGGGCGCUUUGUCGGGUCGAACCCCUGGUGGUUUUUCCUGUGUCCUCUGCUGAUCUCUACGCUCCUGGGCAGCGGGUUUUAUUUUCUGGAGGAGCGGGAGUCUAAUGAUAUAGAGGAGCAGUUCACCCCGGUUAACGGACCCGCCAAACUGGAGCGACAGUUCGUCCAGCAGAACUUCCCGCUGAACGACUCCGUGUUCUCCAACCAGAGGCUGUACACGGACGGAGUCUACGCGUCCUUCAUCGCCGUCUCCACGUCCCCCAGCAUCCUGACCCAAGCCGCCUUCAGAGAGAUAGAGCGCCUGGACAGGAGCAUCAGGGCGCUGAACGUGUCUGUGGGAGGAGAGGCGCUCACUUUUGACGGACUUUGCGCUCGGAGAUACAAGAAGUGCAUCCCCAACAAAAUCCUGGAUGUUUAUCAUUUUUACGGGGAGCGUUUCGAAAAGACAGAGCUGACUUUUCCUUUCUUUCGCUUUGGAUUUACUCCAGUUUUCCUGGGAUAUUCGGUCGGCGGGGUGAAUGUGAGCUCGGCGGUUCUGAAGAGCGCUAAAGCCAUUCGAUUCUUUUAUUUUCUCAAGGAGGAUAAUCGCUCCAGGACUGAUCUGUGGCUAAACGAGUUCCUCAAGGUCUUUCCCUCCAAUCUAUCAACCAAGUUUAUUAAGGUAACCUACUCUACAUCCCUGUCAAGGCAGGUGGAAUUUGAGGCAAAUACAAAAGACGUCAUCCCUUUGUUCUCCAUUACAUAUGUCAUUGCCAUUGCAUUUUCAAUCCUCUCUUGUCUGAGGUUCGACUGUGUGAGAAACAAGGUGUGGGUGGCUACCUUUGGUGUUUUGUCUGCUGGACUUGCUGUGCUUUCCUCUUUCGGUAUGAUGCUACAUAUUGGAGUCCCAUUCGUCAUGACAGUGGCUAAUUCACCCUUCUUGAUAUUGGGAAUUGGAGUUGAUGACAUGUUCAUUUUGAUCUCAUGCUGGCAGCAGACUAAUGUUCACGAUCGAGUAGAAGACCGUCUGGCUAAUACCUAUAAAGAGGCAGCAAUAUCUAUCACCAUCACCACUCUCACAGAUGUCUUGGCGUUCUACAUCGGACUUAUGACGCCCUUUCGCUCGGUCCAGUCCUUCUGCCUUUAUACCAGCACCUCCAUCUUGUUCUGCUACAUCUACAGCAUCACAUUUUUUGGAGCAUUCCUUGUGCUAAAUGGGCGGCGUGAGAACAGAAACCAGCACUGGCUGACCUGCAAAGAAGUACCUGAGGAGUGCCCCACGGAUCAGUCAAAAUGGCACGAGUUGUGUUGUGUGGGAGGGGCCUAUGACCUUCACACAGGUUCAGAGGAGGUGCAGCCUAUGAAUCACUUCUUCAAGAAGUACUAUGGUCCUUUUCUGACAAAGUCAUGGACUAAAGUUUUUGUGAUUCUGCUCUACAUGCUCUAUUUGACAGUCAGCAUUUAUGGAUGCUUCCAGAUAAAGGAAGGAAUUGAUCUGCGUAAUUUGGCUGCAGAUGACUCGUAUGUAGUGAGGUACUAUGAUGAUGAAAAAGCCUACUUCUCUGAAUAUGGACCAAACAUCAUGGUCAUUGUACGCAGUGAAUUUUCGUAUUGGGACGAAAAGAAUAUGUCAGAUCUGGAAUCAUGUGUUGAAGAUUUUAAAAACUUGUCGUUCAUUGAAAAGGAUAUAUUCACUUCAUGGAUUAAAUCCUAUAAGUAUUACGGAUAUCAUAAAAAUCUGAAUCUCAGUGCUGAACAUGUUUUUAAAGAUAAUUUGGGAACAUUUCUGAGGUUCUACUCUGACUUCAGACAGGAUGUUAAUUUUACAAAUAAUUCUAUCUAUGCCUCUCGUUUCUUCAUACAGACUGUUAAUAUAUCCACGGCUCUGGACGAGAUGAAUAUGUUAAACAAACUGCGAGACACAGCACAGAGAUGUCCGGUCCCUUUGCUUGUGUAUCACCCUGCAUUUAUUUAUCAUGAUCAAUAUGCAGUGAUUGUUAGCAAUACCAUUCAAAAUAUUGCAGUUACUACUGCUGUCAUGCUGCUCAUCUCCCUGCUGUUGAUCCCAAACCCUUUGUGUUCCCUUUGGGUAACAUUCUCCAUUGCUUCAGUCAUCGUUGGCGUCACUGGAUUCAUGGCACUGUGGGAUGUUAAUUUAGACACUAUUUCCAUGAUCAUCCUUGUCGUUUGCAUUGGGUUUUCUGUUGACUUUUCUGCUCACAUUUCAUAUUCUUUUGUAUCCAGCAAGAAGCUUAGUGCUAACGAGAAGGCCGUAGAUGCUCUUUUCAGUUUGGGAUAUCCUAUAUUACAAGGAGCUGUGUCCACUAUCCUCGGAGUGGUAGUGCUCUCCGCUUCAAAGAACUACAUAUUCAGGACAUUCUUUAAAAUAAUGUUUCUGGUAAUCUUUUUUGGACUCUUUCAUGGCAUCACCUUCAUCCCUGUAUUUUUAACAUUUUUUGACAUGUGUAGUGGGAUGUAUGAUAAAGUCAACAAGGAUAAGCAAGGUCUGGAGGACCAGGCCACAGGAAACAGUCAUGGCAAUAACAUUCAGUCUAAAGCAAAAGAGAAUGAUUUGACAGAAAAGGAAAUAUACUUUAAUCACACCUUUUUGCCUGAUGUUACUGAACCAUGUAAUUCAAAACCCUGCCCGUCAGUCUGGGGUCUAACUGGAAUUAGCCAGGAUGUCCAAAAUAGCCAGAUGUGCAUGAUAAGCACCAUUCCAAUGUUUAAAGUGGAUAGUCAGACCUAUACGGUUCACAUGUACGCAAACCAUGACACCGCUACGUUUGCUGUUAACGGUCAGUCAAAAUGUGGACCUGAUGACCAGAACUGUGUUGGAAAUGUCAAUGUCAAAUCGGAAAUGUCAAAUCACUGUACAGCUAACAACAUUCCUUCCAUUUUUUCCUCUUUUUCUGAUGUAGAUGGAUCAUAACAUACUUAGAUGCAUUUUUUAUGUUUUUUUUAUUUUCUGGUUUUCUUAUCACAAACGGCAUUUUGCUGUAAUCUAGUGCUAAAACAUCACCUACAUGAGUUUCACACAAAUGUACAUGAACCAGUCGUUUUGUAAUUCAUGGUGUUAGCCAAACUAUUAUGUGGCUCUCAGAUAUAAAUACUUUUUUCUAAAUGG